GCCUCUGGCGGUCGCAAGUCACAGGAAGAAACAGUGGACGGCAAAAGUUACGUUUCCAAAAAAAAACAACCCCCGCUUUGAGUCGAGUGCACUCGGGGAUCACUGAACAUAUUUAAUGAUCAUCCGCACAUAAAGAGGAAUGAUUUAGUCCUGCUUUUGUAUCUGCUGUCAAACGUCGCGCGCUUGAAUUGGUCUCACUCUCCACUUCCGCGUACAAUGUUUUUUUCCAACGACAUGCAACAACUUUAGAACAGGAAGCCUUCAGAGGCGCUUGUCACUUCGUCUCACCUUUUAGGAGAGGAGCCCGGUUUACAGGUGUUGGUGCGACCUACGACAGCAUGGAUUGCGAAGACACACAUAACGGGCGCGGGCCGUCAGGUGCUCAGUGUUCAAAUCCAGCCAUGAACAUAAUUGGAGCAGAGGAUGAAGACUUUGAAAAUGAUGAGCAACCUAUGGUGGAUGAUCAGUGCAGUCACUUUAACAGUAUUGAGCUGUUGAAGUCCAGGCCCACCCACCUACUGGUCUUCAUUCAUCAUGUCAUGUUACAGUUUGACUGUGCUCCUGUGCUAUGCUACCUUCAUGCUGACCUCUUCAAGAACUUCAAUGCCAAAGACACCAAGAAGCACUUUGGGGAAUUCUACAACAAUUUCUUGGAAAAAGGAGCGAUUCUUAAAGUAUCUAUGCCAAAUAACCUAGCCUCUGAACUGGAUCGCAUGCGUCCAGAAAUUAUUAACGAAGAACAACAAAAACGCUUUGCUUAUGAAAUACAGUUCAUGCAGAGUCCAGAGAUACUGCGGCAGCUGGAUGACUUCAGGCAGAAGAGGAUGAUGGGAAUGACUCCCAAUGAGCAUGAACUAAAUGACGUGGAAUCCCAUCGUCCAACCGACCGCAUCCCUAUGGAGAUGAAGGAGAAGGCAGUAGCUGAAUCCUUGCUGGAAAGGAUGUUUGAGGCCAACCCCUCAAUUGUUGCCGACAAGGACAAAAGUAACUGCAUAUUUGGAGCAGUUGCCAUUUAUAUGAAGCACCUUGGCGUCAAGACCAGAGCACUUGACAACAAGAAGACUAAGUCAGGAUGGCGGCCCUCUGUCCCUUCUGUGCUGAAGCCAUGGGGAACCAACAAACCAAACAAAAUAGUCAAACCGUCUGCAUUCACCCAUGAUGGUAAGCAAACUAGAUUGGACUUUGAAGUAAAGCAAACCAAACCAAGCGUCCCACCUCAUCGAGUGUCCAUAAGUGAUAGUGGCACCACUCCAGUGCGGAAACCUGGUGUGGCAGGGUCAGGUAGCACACAUGGCUCGGAGAGCAGUGAAGAGAAGACCAUCAGCGUCAGUGUGACUCCUAGUCCCGACUCUCAGAGUGACACGGGUGUUAACAACAAUCUUUCAGACCCCAGACCAGUUUCAGUGGGGGGAGAUGCAUCUCCUGUCAGCACUGGUGGGGGCAUUGAUAUCCUUCCAGAUGACAGUCAGGACAGUGGCAAAAAGAAGACAAGGAAUGUGCGCCGCAGCGAGAGCCUUUGCGUGGAGCGCCGUCACUCUCGCCGUAGUGGCUCUACCCGGGCCAAGCAGUCUCGCUCCCGUAGCGACGUGGACCUGCAGUCAACUUCCACCUCCCACCCCCUCUCACCCUCCCCACAGCAUUCAGUCUCUGUGGAAGGUGGGUUGUUGCCUGAUGGCCUCGUCACUGGUCCUGUUUUUGGCCCCUUCCCUCAGCAGGAAGAGAUGGAGCCCCGUCUCCUGGAGCUCGAGCAGGACCCGCCCAAUUGGAGGGCCCUUGCUUCUCCUGAGGACUUGAGAAAACUGAGCAAGAAGGAAAUCAAAAGACAAGAAGUCAUCAAUGAGCUGUUUACGACAGAGCAUGCUCAUGUCCGUAUGCUGAGUGUAUUGCAGACUGUGUUUUCUCGUCCGCUGGAGAGGGAAGAGAUUAUUACCGUGACUGAGCUGGCCACCAUCUUCCCCAGCCUCGAUGAGAUCAUAGAGAUGCAUUAUGCUUUCUAUGAGAACCUGAAAAAACAGCGGCAGGAGGAUGAGUACAUUGUCAAAAUCAUAAGCAUGCCACUUCUCAACAGGUUCAGUGGAUCAGAGGGAGAGUGGUUUCAGAAGCUCACAGCACGCUUCUGUAGCUACCAGUCCUGGGCUCUGGAGCAGAUAAAGAGCAGACAGAAGAAGGAUCCCCGUUUUAAUGCUUUUAUACUGGAGGCAGAGAGUAAGCCACAGUGUCGGAGGCUACAGCUGAAGGAUAUCAUUCCCAUAGAGAUGCAAAGACUAACCAAGUACCCUCUUCUGCUGGAAAACAUUGCCAAGAACACAGAUGAUGAAGCAGAAAAAGAGAACAUUAACCAAGCAGCAGAAUCCUGCCGCAAGAUCCUCAACCAUGUCAAUGAAGAAGUUAAACUCAUGGAGAACCUGCUGAUUUUGAAAGACUAUCAGCGCCGGCUGGACACCUCAGGACUGAAACCGAGCAAUGACCUCUACAGUGAGUACAAGAACAUUGAUCUGACCACCAGAAUAAUGCUGUUUGAAGGACCUCUGACAUGGAGGGUGACCAAGGAGAAAGCGAUCGAUGUGCACUGUGUUUUGCUGUCAGACAUGCUGGUCUUGCUUCAGAAGCAGGAUGAUAAGAUGGUUUUGAAGUGUCAGAGCAAAAGCAACAUAGCCAUUCAGGAAGGCAAACAGAUGCUGAGUCCAAUCAUCAAACUAGAAUCUGUUUUCCUCAGAGAUGUGGCCACUGACCCGAAGGCCCUCUAUGUUAUCUUCACUUGGGACAGCGGAGCACAGAUCUAUGAACUAGUGGCUCAGUCCAUCGGGGAGAGGAAAAAUUGGACAGAGGUGAUUAAGACUACGGUCGACGAGUUGAAGAAGAGGGACGGGAAUAAGCUAAACAGAGAAAGAGGCAACAGCAUACCUAGCAGCUUCAUUGGACCUGUAUACAGCCCUUUGCAUCCCCCUCUUAGCCCCACUGAAAAUGGAGGAGACCUGUUGAAAAGUCGCAGUGGGCGAUUUAAAGACAGUCUUACUGAUGAGAAGAGUAGAGAAACUGAUUCUUCACUCAUAGACUACCUAGCAACCAAUGGCUUUGACCUGCUCAGCCAUAGCCACGCCCCUCCAGAGAAGUCUGCUAUUGGUGCUUUGGAUGAAGUCAUGUAUUUGAAGAGGCUAUUGGUCGGCAGUAUUAGCCUGUCAGAUGACUCUCAGACUCUUGGGGAAAAUGCACCUGAAAGCCAGGAGGCAGAUGGAGGUCAGUCGUCAGUGGAGGAAUCCAGCACAGAAGGAAGAACUGAAGAAGAGAGUGGGGGAGAUGGAGGGAAUAAAGGAGAAGAGGAAAGAGGGAUAAGUGCUCCUCUAGUGCUUUCUGAGGAACGCAUGGAGGAGGUGCAGAGGAGACUGCAGACUCUUGGGGAGCAACUGAAGAGAUUGCAGGCUGUUGAGGAGGACCAUUAUAAGUUGCAAGAAGCUCUUGCUAAAUAUUCACUUCAGGGGGGCCAUUACAACUGAGAAACUUCACAACCUGCUGUUACAAGAUUACUGUAUGUGUAUGUGCUGGAUUCAAGACUUCAAGGGAUUCGCUGAUUGAUUAAUUCUGCCUGAAUGUUCCUGCUCUAUCUCUUCUCUCUUCUCGACUGUCCUUUCAGAAGAUAGUCAGCAGGACCCCAGCACUUUCCAUGCCACUGAGAAAUGAAAUGAAGUGGGUGUUGUGAAAUGAUAGUGAUCCUUGCCCUUGAAUGAGUGUGUAUGUGUUUCUGUUGAGAGGUAUGGGAGACAGUCUUGCCAAAAGAUGCCAAAGAAAUGUGCAACACCUAGAGAGAUAUCCGAAUGAAAUGCUACGUGUACAUGUGGAAGCAAUGUAACAUACAGAAACAUGCGCACACAGAUACACACGCAAAGAUAAGCAUGUCAAAAGUAAUUUAGUACCAAAAGACUAUCUAUAUUCAUAGAAAAGUAUAGUUGCCUCUUUGUGAAUGCAGUCUGAUGCAUAUGAAGCCUGCUUCUCAAACUGUAGUUUAGUAGGUUUUCAAUAAGGUAAUUUAAACAGAUAAUGUGCCCUUUUAUUUUUUGCCUUUUUAUUAUACACAUUUCAAGAUGUUCACUCAUCCUAAUAAUUAUUACCGUACUAUAUUAUAUGUAUUUUCCAAAAUAAUAGAUAUUCAAAAGGAUAUAUGUAGAACCGUUGUUGCAUGCAUUGGCCAAAUUGUUGUAAAAUGGAGAGUUAAGAGUAUGGAGCUUUUUUUUUUAACCCUGUUUUUCUUUUGUUUUGUCGUCUUACCAGAAGUUCUGUUGUUGCUCUGUGAAUGAGAAAAGAAGUGCUAAGUAGGAUAGAUCAGCAGAUGGAUGAGCAAAGGAAAUAGAGAGAAGGUUUGAGGAAGGUGGGCUUGCUUUGUUAUGCCUAACCCCUCUGAAGUGAAAACAAGGCAGGCAUUGAUGGCGAGAGACUUCGUCAGGGUUUGACAUUGUGGUUGUGAGGAAAUAUGCACAUAUUAUGUAGCAUUUUGAAUGACCAGCUUGCAGGUACAUCCACACAUCGGUGCUGUCAUAAUGGGAAGCAUGCACAAUGUAUAGCGUUCUCUAAUGCAGGUGUUGCAGAUUGUAUUCUGGUAGGUCAACUCAGAUCUUAGGAUAAUCAUCACACAUUGCCUAUUUGUGUGCACUAUGCAAAUUCUGUGUCUGUGGCUGUAAAUGUAUUAGUCAUUUCUGAUAAUUCAGUUUUUUCUGUCUUUAUGUUCUCCAGUACAAUUACUCUACAGUUUGCAAAAAUAUAGUUUUUUUUCUGUAAUUGCUUGUAAUGAUGUCUCUCAGUUUAUUUUAUUUUAGGGAGUCGUUUUCUUUAAAAGCAGGACCAAAGAAAUUAUAGUGGAACAAAGUUUAGAUAUGUAAACACUUUUGCCUUGCAUGGGGAGGUCAGCUGUAAAUUGGAAUGACUUACUGAGCUGUAAGGGGGUCCGAUCUCGUCGCCCACCCCUUUCCAAACUCUUGAGUGUUCGCCUUAGCUGCUGGGUCAACCCACAAAAUGGUGAAGUGGAUGCAUUGGCUUGUAAAUGUGUUGGCUUAUCCUAUUUAAGACAGAACU